AUGUCAACUUAUCACAACUCCACUGCCUCACGCAAUGACUGGCAUCUCGUCUACAUCAGACUCGAUGAGAACAACCUCCCGCUCCGCCUCGCUAUCAGAAUCGAAAGCAUCGAGAUCAACGUUGAUGUGGCCAACUGGUUCUUCAUCGAUCUCCAACUCAACGCUGUUGACACACGAAGAUCUAACACCACGACCUCUCGUAUUGUGCGUGAGCUAGGCUGGUUCGAUGAUGUGGCGAAUUUCACACAAAUCUGUGCGAACCAAAGAGUGCCAGCAGGACUACAGCAGGGCGACGUUUUCCAGUCGUGGAUAUCAGGCCUCUUGCUAAAUCUCGCGACCAACAAUCAAAACUCCUGGAUCCUGAAUGAUGGCUGUUCAUGA